CUAGAUUCUCUGGAUUCUAUUCUCCAUUAUUCGGGCCCCGUGGUGUUGAGCAAAUUGUAUCGAGCUGUCAAGCAACUUUCGUUGGUGACUGCUGCUUGGACCUGAAGGCCCUGGCAGCUUGAGUUCAAUGAAUGACUACAGCAAAUGGGAAAAGCUGUCAGAUGAGGACGAGGAGGAACGCCAGGAAAAGGAAGCUGAACUCAGCCGAGCAGAGUUUCAUGAGGCAUGCAGAGAAGAGCAUGCAAUAGUGGAACAAUGGCUGAAGCGAAACAUGAAUCAGCUCUCAAGAUUGGAGGCCGAGUCCAAGCAGCAAAAGGAUCCUCAUGCUCCGCCAGAGCUGAUCAGGAAUAGCAUGGCAAGAUAUCGGAAGGCCAGCAAAGAUGACUUGAGAGUGCUAAGCAUGCUGAUGGUGUUGAGCCAUUUUGACGAGGGAGAGACAAACCUCACACGGCACCCCCAACUGUUGGACCUGGUCCGGCAAAAUCGUUGGCUUGAGGAGGAUCCUGGCACACUGGAAUUGAUUUGCCGCAUUCACAACCUCCACAUGAAGAAUGCCGAGGACUCCAGCAGGCCACCUGUUGCUCCAGGUCAAGAGAAGUUGGAGAACAGGUUCCGACAUAUGUGCUUGAGCGCUGCAAAUACAAUAGCUGCUGCCAGAAAAUCUGGUUGCUCAGGUGGCCUCCUUGAGGUCAUCAACACCAUUUGCACGCCAAAGACUCCGAAGGCACAGGAGAUGCGCUUGAAGUGGCAGAAGAAGGAGUUUGGCAAAGACGCAUUGUUUGAUUCUCUCUUCCCAGACUUGAAGCAGUUCAAGGAUGACUAUGAUAACAACGACAGUUGGUGGGACAUUUGGCUGAUGCUGGGCUUUAUGCUACUUCUGGUGUUAGGCACGCUUUGAGAUGCCUGUGGAACAACCCUAAGGGCAAUUGUUUAUUCUAGCUAUCCCGAGUAUUAUUGCGGUCUAAACGAAGCUCUGGACAGCAAAAACAACCUGGCUUGCUCUCCAAGAGUAGAACGGAAUUGGAGAUUGCAGGCCAAGUUGCAUAGGUGGGAAGGAUUUGGUGCCUAAUUACCAGAACGAAAGUUGUGCUGUGAUGCGUUGUGUAGGCUUGGCUGCUUUCUUCUUCUACGGACUGCCUCGUUCGAGUGCGAAGACGACGACCAGCACUACAUCAAUCGGAACAGAGCCUACCAAAUCACUUGGCGGUGAGCUGUGAGUGUAGGCAUAUUGGAGACUCCGGGCUUGCCGCAAAGGCUGGUCCUGCAGCUGACAAGGAGGACAUGACGCUUCAGCUCAAGCUCCAAAAGACAUGGAGCCAAAGUGAGAAUGCAGAGUGUGCGAGCAUCAAAA